UUCCGGGUCUCUCGUCACUGUUUUUAUCGGCCACGUUUCCCCCCCCCUCUAAACUAUACUGGACUCACUUGUCUUUGGUGGUCGGUCUUCAACCUAUUUCUCUGCUCUUUGUUACUCUGUCCGAUCAUGGCAGCUCAUUGUAUCGACGAGCCGUUCCCUUUCCACGGGCUGCUCCCUAAAAAAGAGACCGGCGCCGCGUCUUAUCUCACGAGGUUCCCCGAGUACGAUGGACGGGGUGUUGUCAUGGCAAUCCUCGACACUGGCGUGGACCCAGGGGCCCCGGGCAUGCAGACCACGACGGAGGGCAAGCCGAAGAUCGUUGACAUCAUCGAUACGACAGGCAGUGGAGAUGUCACCAUGGCGACGGUGGUGGAGCCUAAAGACGGAGAGGUGACCGGGCUGUCCGGGAGGACGCUCAAGAUCCCUCAUGCCUGGGAUAAUCCAUCAGGAAGGUACCACAUUGGGAUCAAACAUGGAUAUGAGUUGUUCCCUAAAGCUCUCCGAGAGAGAAUCCAGAAAGAGCGAAAGGAGAAAAUGUGGGAUCCAGCACACAGAGCAGCUCUGGCCGAAGCCAGUCGUCGUGCAGAACAGUUUGACCUUGCUCACCCUUCCCCCUCACAGGCUGAGAAGCUGCAGAAGGAGGAGCUGCUGUGUCAGUCCGAGAUCCUGGCGUCUCUGGAGAAGAAGUACAACGACCCGGGUCCGGUCUACGACUGUCUGCUGUGGAACGACGGAGAUACCUGGAGGGCUGUGGUAGACACCUCAGAGACUGGAGACCUGUCCAGCUGCACGGUCCUGACCUCCUACAGAGAGAAGCAGGAGUUUGCUACUCUGGGAAACGCUGAGAUGCUCAACUACUCCGUUAACAUCUACGACGAAGGAAACACUCUCUGCAUCGUCACCAGCGGAGGGGCUCAUGGGACACACGUGGCGAGCAUAGCAGCAGGCCACUUCCCAGAUGAGCCCGAGCGGAACGGCAUCGCCCCUGGAGCCCAGAUCCUGGCGGUGAAGAUCGGAGACACGCGACUCAGCACCAUGGAGACGGGCACCGGACUCAUCCGCGCGAUGAUAGAGGUGAUCAACUAUAAAUGUGACCUGGUUAACUACAGCUAUGGAGAAGCUACCCACUGGCCCAACUCAGGGAGGAUCUGUGAGGUGAUUGGUGAAGCGGUUCAGAAACACAACGUUUUGUUUGUGUCCAGCGCUGGGAACAACGGGCCCUGUCUGUCUACUGUCGGCUGUCCUGGAGGGACUACUGCUGCUGUUAUAGGCGUGGGGGCGUAUGUGACUCCAGACAUGAUGGUUGCAGAGUAUUCUCUGAGAGAGAAGCUUCCUCCGAACCAGUACACCUGGUCGUCUCGGGGCCCCUGUACCGACGGGGCCCUGGGGGUCAGUAUCACUGCUCCAGGGGGGGCCAUCGCCUCCGUACCCAACUGGACUCUCAGAGGAACCCAGCUGAUGAACGGUACCUCCAUGUCGUCCCCCAACGCCUGCGGAGGGAUCGCCCUGGUGCUGUCAGGUCUGAAGCAGAACGGUAUCCGUCCAUCGGUCUCUGCGGUGAGGAGAGCUCUGGAGAACACGGCUCUGAAGGUCGACGACAUCGAGGUGUUCGCACAGGGACACGGGAUCAUACAGGUGGACAGAGCUGUAGACUACCUGACCCAGCAUGCCUCUCUCCCCACCGCUAACCUGGGCUUCACUGUUACCGUGGGAACGCAGCGAGGCAUCUACCUCCGAGACCCCACCCAGGUCCUGUCCCCCUCCGACCACGGGGUCGGCAUUGAACCCGUUUUCCCCGAAAAUACCGAGAACACGGAGCGUAUUUCUCUGCAACUGCACCUGGCCCUGACAUGCUCCGCCUCCUGGGUGCAGUGUCCCUCCCACCUGGAGCUCAUGAACCAGUGUCGUCAUGUCAACGUCAGAGUCGAUCCCCUGGGGCUCCGAGAGGGACUGCAUUAUACUGAGGUGUGUGGUUAUGACACAGCGUCCCCCAGCUCUGGCCCUCUGUUCAGAGUCCCCAUCACGGUUAUCAUCCCCACCAAAGUUCCUGAGGGCCACAGUCAGGAGGUUCUCUUCACAGAUGUCCACUUCAGACCAGGACAGAUUCGACGACACUUCAUCACUGUUCCACGGGGAGCCUCCUGGGCAGAGAUAACAUUGACGUCUCAGAGCGGGGACGUGUCCUCUAAGUUUGUCCUCCAUGCGGUCCACCUGGUGAAGCAGAGAGCUUACAGAGCCAACGAGUUCUACAAGUUCUCCUCUCUGCUGGAGAAGAGCUCCCUGACUGAAGCUUUCCCUGUCCUGUCAGGGAGGACAGUAGAGUUAUGUGUCGCCCGGUGGUGGGCCAGCCUUGGUGACGUCACCGUUGACUACAGUGUCUCCUUCCACGGCCUGACCACCUCACCCUCACCUCUACACAUACAUGCAUCAGACGGUGUGACUAGUUUUGAGGUGUCCUCUCCCCUGAGGUACGAGGACGUUUCUCCCAUCAUCACCCUGAAGACUUGGGUCCAGCCGCUCAGACCUCUGAGUUCUAAGAUCAAGGCUCUGGGUCACAGAGAUGUCCUCCCCAACAACAGACAGCUCUACGAAAUCAUCCUCACCUACAGCUUCCACCAGCCUAAGUCAGGAGAGGUGACCCCCAGCUGUCCAGUCCUGUGUGACCAGUUGUAUGAAUCAGAGUUUGACUCUCAGCUCUGGAUGCUGUUUGACCAGAACAAGAGACUGUUGGGCUCUGGAGACGCCUACCCACACCAGUACUCUCUGAAACUAGAGAAAGGUGACUACACGCUGCGUCUGCAGGUGCGUCAUGAGCAGGCCAGUGAACUGGAGCGUCUGAAGGACCUUCCGUUCGUAGUGUCCCACCGUCUGUCCACUACUCUGACCCUGGAUGUGUAUGAGUCUCACCGCGCUGCCCUCUUGGCUAAGAAGAAAACCAACUCCCUGACCCUGACCCCUGGAGCUACCCAGCCUUUUUAUGUUACAGCCCUUCCUGACGACAAGGUUCCUAAAGGAACAUGUCCAGGAUGCUAUCUGACCGGCUCCUUGGUCGUGCCUAAGGGAGAAUACGGCAAGAAAGCAGGACAGGCCUCUGCAAAACGACAAGGAAAAUUUAAAAAGGACAUUGUGCCAGUGGUCUAUCACCUCAUCCCUGCACCCAACAAGACCAAGAACGGAGCGAAGGAGGGAACGAAGGAGGGAACGAAGGAGGGAACGAAGGAGGGGGCGAAGGAGGGGGCGAAGGAGGGAACGAAGGAGAAGGAUGUGAAGGAGGAGUUUGAAGAGGCUCUCAGAGACCUGAAGAUACAGUGGAUGACCAAGUUAGACACCAGCUCCCUGUAUGAUGACCUGAAGGAGAACUUCUCUUCCUACCUGCCACUACAUGUUCAGAGGCUGCACCAGCUCGACUCUGAGAAGGAGCGCCUGAAGCGCCUGGGUGACAUCGUAACGGCCUCUGACAUGGUUCUGUCUCAGAUCGACCAGACGGCCCUGGCAGUCUACCUCACCUUAAAGACCGACCCUCGCCCUGACGCUGCCACAAUCAAGAGUGACAUGGAGAAGCAGAAAUGUUCCCUGCUGGAUGCUCUGUGUAGGAAGGGCUGUGCCCUGGCUGACCUGGUACUGCUGCCUGCUCCACCCCAGGACGGGGCUGGGGGGCCGGAGAGCUCUGACGACGCCCAACAGGGCAGGGCCAAAGCCUUGACAGACACCUUCUGGGAGCUGCAGAAGUGGGUGGAGCUAACGGACUCUAAGGUGCUGACGUUCUCCUACAAACAUGCACUAGUCAAUAAGAUGUACGGCAGAGCCCUGAAGUUUGCCUCCAAGAUCGUAGAAGAUAAACCCAGUAGAGAGAACUUGAAGAACUGCAUUCAGGUAAUGCGGUCCUUGGGCUGGAUGCACUGUGCCACUUUCACAGAGAACUGGCUGCCCAUCAUGUACCCUGCCGACUACACUCCCUUCUAGACACUCUGUUACACACACACACACACACACACACACACACACACACACACACACACACACACAGCAGUCAUGGAUUGACCUCACAAACAUAAACACACAUCUGAAAACAGUCAGUUUUUUUUUUUUUACCCAGUCUUGAAGAUUUCAACCCAGACACAUUUUCAGAGCUUCUUGUUAAAAUAAAAACCCUCCACUGUUGUUCAGUUGUAGAUAGAAAGAUGAAGUCCCAGAACGGAUUGGGUCGUUUCAUCUUUACCUGAUAUUUUUGUUCUGAAUGUUUCACCCUCCUGAAUGAACCCCGGUCUGUAGAAAGGUACCGACACGCGUCAUAAUACACAUUAUAAACAGGCAAUAUAACAUGUUA